AUGUCAACCGAGUCAAAGAAGAUGCUGUUUGACAUUCUUCGUGCUGCUGAGCUGGAGCUGGAGGGCUUCCAUGGUGGUAUGUUCCCUGACGAGUGGCUAGAGUUUCUCCCUUGGCGCAUUGUGCAGGCUUUACAUCCUGCUGUCUCCAUGAGCUUGUCGGACCCACCUGCCGACAACAGUGGUUCCCAAGGGCCAGAUACCAUCUACGGCAGCAAGGCAUGGUUCCAAACCCCUCAUGAUGGCCGAAUCCUGCCAAAGAUCGUUCAUCACCCAGAUAUUGUCACAACCACGGGAGUGUUGCGCAACUCCCGAUGGCUCAAGAAUGACGACGCUUGCCUCGACAACAUACUCACCGCACUAAUGGAGCCCCUCAUCCGGGACAUGAGAGCGGCUCAUCGAGGCACGCCCACAGAGGACCUGAUCUUCUCCUGGGAAUUCAUGUUCGCCAUCCGAUGGGCCUGGACCGACAACCCCUACCUCGUGGACUUCCAAACCCGUCACGAGGUGCCCAACUGGGGGGUGCCUGUGCCGAAACGUCUCCUGACCGCCGAUACGGACACGGGUGCGGGUCCACGUCGGCGGGUGUUCAAACCCCACUUCGGCUUUGUGGGGUUCUGGGCGGGCGCUUUCCAGAUCGCCGUGGAUUCCGCGGCGAGAGCGGCGCGAGUCGAGUUGGACGAGGACUUGAACAUGCCGGCGCCGAAGGAUUUGGAGAAGGUGCUCAACGGGUUUCGGAUGCUGCACACGGCGCUUCUCUCCAAUUUCGCGGACGCGUUUGAUGGGAACCGCGAUGCGACUGUGUCGCUGGAGGAAGUCAUACAGCAGGCUUUUCACGACGCUGUGACGAGUGAAUAUACCCAUGAAAUGGACCGAGAGGUCGAGGAGCACUGGAGGGCACUCGCGAAGUGGCGGCCUUCGGGUUUUGGGUCUUUAAGUUUGCGUGUUCGAUAUCUUACUGACAGAGAUGAUUUGUGA